GGCCCGUUUCUCGGGGACUCUCUCGGGUUCGGUCACGCCGGGGGUGUCACUGGGCUCCGGGCGGGGAGCAGGGCGAGGCUUGUGGCCGGUCUCUGGCAGCGGAGGGGUUAACCCUGUGGCUCGCUGCUAAGGGCGGGGAAGUUGCUCUGGCUCCUGCUGCUCCGCAGAUCCGGGGCUGAGCUUCCCGGGUCAGACGCUGCCGCCGCCUCCAUCGUGAGCCGGGAGCCCGGGCUGAGCCGCUGCUGCUCCCCAGCGGGGUGUGUGCGGGAGAGCCCUUCCCCAGCGCCCCUCGGGGCCCAGCGGGGGGACUUUCUCCGGGGGCUGGAAGCAGCCCCGGGCUCUGCCGACACCAGCCCCUGAGCCGGAGCCUGCAGGCUGCAGAACACGUAUAUCUUGCUCUGGAUCAUCCCAUGCCCUCCAGAGACAGGGAAAGGAAAUGGCAGCAGCGGAGCCAGUGACCUUCGAGGAGGUGGUUGUGUAUUUCUCCGAGGAGGAAUGGGCUCUGCUGGACCCGGGUCAGAGAGCCCUCUACAGGGAUGUGAUGCAGGAGAAUUAUGAGACUGUGACCUCGCUGGUAGGAUUUCCAAUUUCCAAACCUAAUGUGAUCUCCUGGGUGGAGCGAGAUGAGGAGCUGUGGGUCCCGGAUCUCCAGGGCUCUGAGGAAGGGGAGAUCAUCAGCGACACCCACACAGGGGAGGGGAUGGUGAAUGAGAACAGCGAGGAAAGUCUUCAGCAGGAAGGUCCUGAGCAAGUGGCACUGCGUGGGAUGUUAUGGGGAAGAUCUGAAGAGCGUGUUUCCCAGAGUCCUGAGCAGGGAGAAACCUUCGAGAGUCAGCGCAGGCCACAAAGACAGCAGGGAAAACAUCCAGGGGAGGGACGGAGUACAUCCACUCACAGGAGCAGAGGGGUGAAAAGAAACAAAGAAACCAAUCAACAGAAAAUCCCCCAUGAAGAGGGACACUACACUUGCAGUGACUGCAGGAAAAGUUUCCGUCAGCACUCAAGUCUUAUUAAACAUCAGAGAACCCACACAGAAGAGAAGCCCUUCAACUGCUCUGACUGUGGGAAAAGCUUCAGUCGGAACUCAUACCUUAUUAAACAUCAGAGACGACAUACAAGAGAGACACCCUAUAACUGCCCUGACUGUGGGAAAAGCUUCAGUCAGAGCUCAGACCUUGUUAGACAUAGGAGAAUCCACACAGGAGAGAAACCCUAUAACUGCCCUGACUGCAGGAAAAGCUUCAGUCAGAUCUCAGACCUUGUUAGACAUAGGAGAAUCCACACAGGCGAGAACCCCUUCAACUGCUCUGACUGUGGGAAAAGCUUCAGUCGGCGCUCAAAUCUUAACAGUCAUCGUACAAUCCACACAGGAAAGAAACCGUAUAACUGCUCUGACUGCAGGAAACGGUUCACCCGGUGGUCAUACCUUAUUAAACAUCAGAUAAUACAUACAAGAGAGACACCCUAUAACUGCCCUGACUGUGGGAAAAGGUUCAGUCGAAACUCAUACCUUAUUAAACAUCAGAUACUACAUACAAGAGAGACACCCUAUAACUGCGGGAAAAGCUUCAGUCAGAGUUCAGACCUCGUUAGACAUAGGAGAACCCACACAGGAGAGAAACCCUGUAACUGCUCUGACUGCGGGAAAAGCUUCAGUGAAAGCUCACACCUUAUUGCACAUCAGAAAAUUCACACAAGACAGAAACCCUAUAACCUAAGUUCCCUCUAAGCUGCACAGCAGGCUAUCAACGGCUGCCCAGGUGGGGAGAGACUCUUCUCCCCUGGCCCCAACCCGGAGCUAUUGGGGAUGGGGAGAGGUGCCUCUCCCCCGGACCUGUAGCUAUCGUGGAUGGGAAGACAUGGAGAGGUGCUUUCCCCUGAAAGCUGGUGCGUUGAGAGAGGGCUGGGGAGAGUCCUUUCUCCUUGGGGCAGCCUGCACCCCAAACCCCUCAUCCCCGGCCCCACACCAGAGCCCACACCCCCAACUAGAGCCCUCACCC